AGUCUGCAGCAUACAUUCCCGCUAUUCAAACUCAAAGGAUCCGUCGCUUGGAUCCAGUUGGUUCCUUCCUCAGAUUGCCAUUUUGAAUGCAUCCCAUCCAAUUUUGAGCGGAGCCACAAAGGUCUUCCCUACGCUCGCUUGGACAUCUUCGCACAAAGCUUCCUCGACAAACACGAGCUGGUUGAUUUGGUUGAUCUAGUUGACGGCAUGGACCUCGCUCCAGAAUGGGGUAUCGAACACUUGCAGCUGGAUGGCACCGUCGACGUCGCUUGGGCUGAAAGAAAGAACGAGGCUAUUAGGACGUCUGUGCCCCUAACAGAAUCAUCUUGUUUUCUCGAGGUUAACACGGCGCCGUGGGAGAGAAGAGAGAUUUGGGAGAGAAUUGUUGGUCGUAAACAGGAUAGGAUUGGUCCUGAAAUUCCCAAGGAGUUUUGGGCGACGAGUUUUCGGCCCAAGGGCGAUCGGGAUCCGAGGUUACCACUUGAGAAAGGGGCGUUUGAUUCUUUGAAAGUUUUUGAGUGGUCCGGCGAUCCUGGUAAUUACGACGUUGUGGUUGUGAAUUGGGAUCAAGUAGCGGAAACUUGA